CAUGAGAAGCGCCUUUUGUCUGCAUGCGCGCGACGGCGCAGGGAAACCCCACGUCCGCCGCGCGUGCAUCGCCUGUGACGUAUCAUGUACAGUGUGAGAGCGACUCCGCCGAAGGAGGAAAACAAAGCGCAAAAAAUCUCAGCUGUCAGGUGAGUCAGGAGAUCGCGCAUGGAUCGCUCUUGAUGCUCGUCUGGACACGCGUGAAGUACCCCAGUUUAACCUUUCAUCUGCGACCCGUGAUUCCUGGCCAUUUACACAAAAGCCCAGGGCAUGACGACAUCAAGGGUUCGACACCUGCGAAAGAAGCCGAAUGGCACGGAUUGAAAUGAACUACAUCGUUAUUUAUCUGUAGUUUUGCGCUUUUGAAAUACCGCUAUUUUAUAUAUAUAACUGCGUAUAUCACUUUUCUGUAGCCUACUACAAUCCUAUUCAGAACAGUAACGUUAUUUAAGUUUAGCGAUAUUUGUAGAUAAAUAGAUGCAGACAUCACGCUUCUAUUCAGAACACUAGCCUAAUUAUUAUUCAAGUUUAGCGAUAUUUGUAAAUAAAUGGACGCAGACAUCGCGCUUCCUAUUCAGAGUUGUAACGUUAAUUAUUUAAGUUUAGCGAUAUUUGUAGGAGAUUUAAAUAGAUUGUUUGUCACCAUCGAAACUGGAGGAGCGCGCGACCUCAUGAGCAAGACGGGUCUUUUUUCCGAAGGGCUUUUUUUUUCAGUGAAUGAAAACUGAGAAGAGGGCUUUAAUUGGACAGAGGGAUACCCGAGGACUCAUCUAUGGUGAAAUUAGGCUACGUUACCUCACGAACGCGUUCCUGUCGUCCCACAUGUCACAAGGCGUCACUUUACCGGACCUGGGAUCGUUUUUGAGGAAUUGCCCGACGUAAACAAGCUCCUAUUCGUGUUUGGAAACCGGAAACUGCUGUUUGGACAGUGAGCGCUGAGCGCUGCUGAUGAAGUUGUCGCUGUGCGAAGCCUCGCGUGCCCAGGGCGCGAAGAGAGUGGCGGGAAGGUCAGCUUGAGCUCGUGACGCUCCACUGUACUGCGCGCGGGAGGAUGCCGGUUCGACGGGGACACGUUGCGCCGCAAAACACUUUCCUCGACACAAUCAUCAGGAAAUUCGAAAGUAAAAGUAGAAAGUUCAUCAUAGCCAAUGCACGGGUGGAGAACUGUGCCAUCAUCUUCUGUAACGAUGGCUUCUGUCACAUGUGUGGCUACACGAGGGCUGAAAUCAUGCAAAAGCCCUGCACCUGCAACUUCCUGUACGGCCCACACACCAAGAGGCUGGCCAUCGCACAGAUGGCACAAGCGCUGCUGGGGUCAGAAGAGAGGAAGGUGGAGAUAGCGCUCUACAGGAAGGACGGUGUGUGUUUCCUGUGUUUGGUGGACGUGGUUCCUGUGAAGAAUGAAGAUGGCGUGGUGAUCAUGUUUAUUCUGAAUUUCGAGGUCAUGCCAGACGAUAAACUGCACGAACCGCAGGAUCUCAAUCAUAAGCUGCCUGUGCUGUGGCGCCAUUCAAAUCGAGCUCGAGGCAUCCGUUUGCGUCUGCCGCUCCUGAACUCCAGGAAUAACAGUAAAUCUUCUCUGCGGGAGGAUCCGGAGGCCGGACGAGGAACGGGUUUCCCCAGCAGUUCCCGUCCAGAAAGCCACGAAUCCCUGGCUCUGGGUGAGCUGCUGUCUCUGCCUGAACACGAGCCGUCCCGUCUGACCACACCGUCCUCACUGCUGCCCGAAGACCAGUGCAACCUCCUGAGCAGUGACCCCUCGUCCCCUCCUCCGGCCCCCCCGCACCCCACCGCACUGCCCCUGGGACACUCCUCUCCUCGACCGCAGCGGCUCAAUCCGGACGCCUCGGUGUCCAACUGCAGCCUGACCAACAGCCGCUCGCGCGAGAGCUUUCACAGCAUGCGCCGUGCGUCUUCAGUGGACGAUAUCGAGGCCAUGCGGCCUGAAUGGGACCGAAAGCACCGCGCUCGACCCAGCAGCGUCAGCACGGGUGUCAUGAACAACAAACCCAGCAUCCUGAACUCUACCUCUGAUUCGGAUCUGAUGCGUUACCGCGCCAUCAGUAAAAUCCCACAGAUCACGCUCAACUUUGUGGACUUUAAACCGGACCCUCUCAUCGCCCUCCCGGCCGGAGAAAUGGACAUCAUCGCACCCUGCAAACUCAUCGACCGCACGCACAACGUGACAGAGAAGGUCACUCAGGUGCUGUCUCUGGGUGCUGAUGUCCUGCCGGAGUACAAGCUCCAGACGCCGCGCAUCCACAAGUGGACCGUGCUGCACUACAGUCCGUUCAAGGCAGUGUGGGACUGGCUGAUCCUGCUGCUGGUCAUCUACACGGCCAUCCUCACGCCGUACUCCGCCGCUUUCCUGCUCAACGGGGACGAGAACAUCUCCGCCCAGAACUGCAACUACUCCUGCAGCCCGCUCAACGUGGUGGACCUCAUCGUGGACAUCAUGUUCAUCAUCGACAUCAUCAUCAACUUCCGCACCACUUACGUCAACGCCAACGACGAGGUGGUCAGCCACCCGCUGCGCAUCGCUGUGCAUUACUUCAAAGGCUGGUUCCUCAUCGACAUGGUGGCAGCCAUUCCCUUCGACCUGCUCAUAGAACGCACCGGGGAGGAGAUGAGCGCAGAGCCAACUCAGCAGACCACCCUAAUCGGGCUGCUCAAGACGGCUCGUCUCUUACGUCUCGUCCGCGUGGCUCGUAAACUGGACCGUUACUCUGAAUACGGCGCGGCCGUCCUCUUCCUGCUCAUGUGCACGUUCGCUCUGAUCGCCCAUUGGCUGGCCUGUAUCUGGUUCGCCAUCGGGAACGUGGAGCAGAACCGCUCCAUCGGCUGGCUGCAUGCUCUCGGCGUGGAUCUGGGCAAACCACACAACAGCAGCAUCAGAGGAUCAGGACCUAGCAUCAAGGACAAGUACGUGACCGCUUUAUACUUCACCUUCAGCAGCCUGACCAGCGUGGGCUUCGGAAACGUGUCACCCAACACCAACUCCGAGAAGAUCUUCUCCAUCUGCGUCAUGCUGAUCGGAUCGCUCAUGUACGCCAGUAUCUUCGGGAACGUGUCAGCCAUCAUCCAGCGGCUGUACUCGGGAACGGCUCGUUAUCACACUCAGAUGCUGCGGGUGAGAGAGUUCAUCCGCUUCCAUCAGAUUCCCAACCCGCUGCGCCAGAGACUGGAGGAAUACUUCCAACACGCCUGGUCCUACACCAACGGCAUCGACAUGAACGCCGUGCUGAAGGGUUUCCCAGAGUGUCUGCAGGCUGACAUCUGUCUGCAUCUGAACAGAACUCUGCUGCAGAACUGUAAAGCGUUCAAGGGCUCCAGUAAAGGGUGUCUGCGGGCGCUGGCCAUGAAGUUUAAGACCACUCACGCCCCGCCGGGAGACACGCUGGUGCACGCCGGAGACGUCCUGACCGCGCUCUACUUCAUCUCCCGCGGCUCCAUCGAGAUCUUACGUGGAGAUGUUGUGGUGGCAAUCUUGGGGAAGAAUGAUAUAUUUGGUGAACCCAUCAACCUGUACGCACGGCCCGGGAAAUCCAACGCAGACGUGAGGGCGCUGACGUACUGCGACCUGCACAAGAUCCACAGAGACGACGUGCUGGAGGUCCUGGACAUGUACCCGGAGUUCUCCGACCACUUCUGGAGCAACCUGGAGAUCACCUUUAACCUCAGAGACACAAACAUGAUUCCCGGAUCUCCCAGCAGCGAUGAUUCAGACUGCGCCGGCUUCAACAAACUGCGGAGGAGAAAACUUUCAUUCCGACGACGGACAGAAAAAGAUGAUGCUGAUGCUGGAGAGAUCAAGAAGAAUCAGAAACCCGUCCGGAGAGGCAGAAAACAAGCAGCUAGUAACAAGAACGAACUCAAACCGGGGUGGGAGGAGCCUCGCAACUCCAGCGGCGAUGAGGGGGAGGAGCCUGUGCACACAUGCCCCACCCCUCCCACCACGCUCAUGGAUGUGACUGAGGGAGAGGGCGAUCCCAAAACAGGAAACACGUGCAACGCCCUUUCAGGUGCAUUCUCAGGUGUGUCUAAUAUCUUCAGUUUUUGGGGUGACAGUCGGGGGAGGCAGUAUCAGGAGGUGCCCCGCUGCAGUCUCCCGUCGCCCUCCAUGUAUCCCAGCACCCCCCUGCGCAGCAUCAGCCGCCAGCAGCGCAGCCAGAUGGAGGGCAGACUGGAGCUGCUGCAGAAACAGCUCAACAGACUGGAGAGUCGCAUGUCGACGGACAUCGGUGCGAUCAUGCAGCUGCUGCAGAGGCAGAUGAUGCUGGUUCCUCCGUCCUACAGCAGUGUUUCCUCUCCACCGCAGACGUCCAUGUUCCCCGAGAUCCUCGUGCAGCCCGUCAUGCCGCUGGAGUCCAGAACACCUGCGUCUCUCUCACAGUCCUGUGAGUUUCUCAGCAGCUCCUUGGAGCUCCAUCCAGCGGUCAGCGCCGCUCCUCGACCCGAAUUCUCCAGCCUCGGGGCCCGACUGGAGCUGGAGGCCGACCCCGACAUCCACCGACGCUUCUCUCUACAGGAGCCGCACACAUCACUGAGCUCAUCACAGACGCCACAGACACACGGCUCGGACCCCGAGAGCUAGAGAGACCAGCGCCAGACCAGAGGACAACACACCGGACACAAACCUGCCUCUGGUCCUGCACUGCGGAGGGUCACAGAUCCACUGGAGGCGGUUUCAGUAGUCCAGUAUUGGAUAUCCCUAAACGAUUAAUGAUGAUUCUUACUCAUUUCAAGUAGCCAUUAUGUCUUGCACUGAAUUUUCCAGACUCUCUCAAUCUUUCUCUUCACGUCUGCGGCGCUUCCAGAACUGAGUGAACUCGUUAGUGUUAGCUGGCCUAACAGAAGAAACCCCUUCUAAUAAUAAUAACCUGUGUGUCUGUCCUGUCAUUGCUUUUGAGGAAGGAGGCGGAGCCUCAGGCCCCGCCCGAGGACACUGGAUUGGCUGGAUGAGUUGAUUGGCGGGUUUUUACUGAUGAAGCAUAUCAUGCGUUAUGACACUGAAUGAACAAUAUGCAAAGAGUUGAUGGUGUGUCACGUCCCGCUUGGCUUCCGUUCGUUCCUUUUCCAGCUUUUCUUCCAACUCAACGUGAUUUUUGUAGUUAUAGCACACGUUAGCUUUAGCAAUACCGAAUCCUUUAAACCACAAACGAAACCAAAUAUUAAAGAUUGGGUUGGACCAAAUGUUCUUCGUUAGUUUUUCCUUAUCGUCUGUGGUGUUUACGGCCUACAGCCACAGUCACGUGAUUAUUAAAUAUUAUUAGGCACAUUUACGAGCUCUCGAACUUGACGAUGAAUUGUUUUUGGUUUUCCAUUGAAAAAGUGUGGACCAAUGAAAAAAUAAACUUCAUACGAGCUCUUAAGCAUGCGAUAAUAAACACUUUUAAUAUUCAGCCAUUUAUUUCAUAUCAGACUUACCAUUAUUAUAUUUAAAUGACUAUAAUAUUAACUAUAAACUUUCUCGAGGAAGGAAGACAUGUUAGCAUGAGACCGUGUUGUGCAUCGGCAUCCGUACGUGAAUCAUGACCACGAUCUAUCGUUCUGCCUCUAGGCUUGAAUUUAGAGGGUUUGAAUCGUGAUUUAUGAUUUAUUGAUAUCUAAUUUGAAUUAAACUGGUAAACUGAACGCAAGGACGGUCGAUUUCACCGCGUCUGAUCUACAGAAAGAACUGUUUUAAUUAACAAUCCUCACGUUUACUUUGAUCAGUGCAGGAGUUUGCACAUGUUUAUCUAGUUCAUAUUUGUAAUUCAUAUUAUUACUGUCUAUAAUUCUGUCUUUUAACCAUCAUAUACAUACGGGUGAAUCUCACAAUCACACAUCAGGUCAAAUUUUACCCCCUAUAUCAAAAGCAAAGCGACGAAACGAUAUACUGGCAUAAAGACAACAAAGUCAGUUUUUAGGACUUUUAAUAGUUUGUAUUAUUCUCAGUUAUGAUUUUCAUUUUUUUUUUUAACCAUCAUAAAUUAAUGCCAACAAAUACUGCUUUAAUGAAUACAUAUUUAGAAAUGUAUGUUUAGUUUUGUUCACAAUAGAAAG